AAAACUAACUUGGAAUGAAUAAAAUAACUUCAUUAGCCUUGUGUGCAGUUAUGUUGGUGCUGAUGACAUCAUCCAUAGCUACACCUGUAGGGAUGAGUUCUAACUUCCAACAUUUUGAUAGAAUGGCCAUGCCUUAUUUGAAAAACCAUAUUGGAAGUUACACAUUACUUAAUCGACCUCUAACAAGCAAGCAAGCACUAACUAACAUUGAACAAACAGGCAGUGCCACCGAAAUGGAAAACGAUGAGAAUGAUACUGUACCAGACGUAGGGAUCACAGAUUUUGAAGGCGAGGAAUUGAGCGACAUGGAUACUAUUAAACGGCAGUUUGACGACUAUGGGCACAUGAGAUUUGGAAGGAACGGCCGAAUGAAGAAACAUGAUGAAUAUGGUCACAUGUACUUCGGAAAAUAAAAUAUUUUUGUUAUAUG